AUGUCAAAAUCAAUGAACAGAGGGAAAUUGAAAGGGUACAAGAAAACAACAAUUAAUGGAGAUUCUUCAACUAUCUGCGUUUUUUCUCAUAUUUCUUUUCGAAGGCAGCGUGGCAGCUCUUACAACGACGAUUCUAUGAGUGUGAAAUGCAGAGCUUCCGUCAAGACUAGCGUAGUUGCUAGUUACUUUUCGGCGUUGCCCCUCCAGCGUCAUGGCUUGUUUCAUCGCGACGUGCUACAAUUGGACAACAAACACCGCAAGGGAAUAGGAAAACUUGUGGAAAGGUCUGAAGAUGCAAGUAGUGGAGGUUUUGGACAGAAACUUAAAAUCGAAAAGAUGUGCGAGAAAACAGACAAGUUGAAACUGACAAUCUGUGCCGUCAACAUCAAUCCGGAUGACUCAUUCCUAAAGCUACCUGAGGCCAAAAGUAGCCAAGUAGCCAUACGAGCAGCUUUCGUUCCGUGCAAUCAAGCCUCUCCAUCACCGUAG